AUCUUGCCCUGCCGAAAAGAAGCCGGUUCUUCUAUCGCGCCGCCUCCGCCGGCGGUCCUCCUUCUCUGCCUCUCCAAUGACCCGGCGAUUGAGGGCAUUCAAGCGAUGGAUGAGGUCCCAGGGGAUCGACUGGAGCGACGCCUUGGAGCUCGCCGAUUCCGCCGUCGAGGGCGUCUCCGUUUGGGCCUUCUGCGACCUGAGAGAGGGGGACCUCGUGGUCACUAUACCCAAGCUUGCUUGCCUCACCAUCCGUACCUCCAAGGCGCGCGACAUGAUCGAGGGCGCCGGCCUCGCGGGCUGCCUCGGCCUCGCCGUGGCACUUAUGUACGAGAGGAGCCUGGGGCCGGAAUCGCCGUGGCAUGGAUACCUCCAGCUGCUGCCGGAGAGGGAGUGCGUGCCUCUCGUCUGGAGCUUGGAGGAGGUCGAUUCCCUUCUCGUUGGAACGGAGCUCCACAAGGCAGAUAGUAAAGCAAGACAAGUGUUUUUUAUAUGAGGACUGGAAAGAAUCUAUUGAGCCCCUGAUUCUAUCGCGUCCUUUAAAGCUUGAUCCGGAUAGUUUUGGUGUUGAGCAAUAUUUUUCUGCCAAGAGUCUUGUCUCCUCAAGAUCCUUUGAGAUAGAUGGUUAUCAUGGCUUUGGAAUGGUGCCUUUAGCUGAUCUCUUCAAUCACAAGACUGGAGCUGAGAAUGUUCACUUUACAUCGAUAUCGUCUCGCUCUAGCUCAGACGAUGAAGGCGAUGGGGGAAUUUGUGAUGAAUCUGCUGAUGAUAAGUUAUCAGAUGUGGAUUUAAGUACUAGAUCUUCAGGGGAGGAUCCUACAGUCUUAGAAAUGAUUAUUGUGAGACAUGUUGAGGCAGGGUCAGAGGUUUUCAAUACGUAUGGCUCUAUGGGUAAUGCUGCCCUUCUUCACAGAUAUGGAUUUACAGAACCUGAUAACCCAUAUGACAUUGUUAACAUUGAUCUAGACUUGGUCAUUAAAUGGUGCUCCUCCUCAUUCUCUAAUCGCUAUGCUAGAGCAAGGCUAUCUUUGUGGAGGCAACUAAAGUAUUCAGGUUGCACCAGCCAGAACUCUGAAUACUUUGAAAUUUCAUUUAAUGGGGAACCACAGAUAGAGCUUUUAGUUCUUCUCUACAUCAUUUUCUUAGCAGAGGAUGCUUAUGAGAAACUGAGAUAUUUAAUAGAUUCUUUUGAGGGUGUUGAUGAAUCUUCGAACAUCACUAAUUUGAUUAAGAUCACAAAAAGCAAAUGCGGUGAAACACCAGGGAACAUUUCAUGUCAUGAAGCACCAGAGGAUGUCAAGGAGUUAAUGCUGACAGAGAAUGUUUGUUCUUCACUGAUACCACUAGCUGAUAUGAGAGAGAGCCUCUAUGGUUCAGCUUCCUUGGAGGAUGAUAAAAACAGGUUGAGGAGUUGCUGUCAUGUAAAGGAGAGGAAGUUGUAUCACUCACUGGUGUUGCGGGUGAGUGAGAGGACAAUACUUGGAAGGUUAAGGGCAUAUGCUUCCAGUAAUUCUAAAAGGAAGAAAAGAAAAUUGAAAGAGCCAAAAAGCAAGAUAAUAUAGGAAAAGGGCCCAACUGUUCAAGCCUUUCUAUCAUUUGUUGAUCAUUCUUUUGGACAAUGAUGUUUAUUUGACCUUUUGCAAGGCUAAAGGAGACAUGCAUAUAGCUGUUUGUCAACUUCAUCCUUUGGCAAGCAGGGGUUCUCGUUAGCUUUUAUUCUUUUUAUGUGGAAGAGGUAAGCAAACCUGUACUCAGGAAUAUUUUUCAUUGGAGCUACUUGCCUUGUUAUGAUUAUAAAUUUUUCAGUGGAUGAAAGCAGGGAUUCUCUCAAGGGAAAGGGCAUUCUGCUGUCCUGGACAUAGGAAGUCGAAACUAAUUUCUCUCAUUGCUGGUUAAUGGUGAAAGUCAUAUAGCAUCUUAAAAGGAUAUAUUGCACAGCUCAUGGGAGAAGUUUUGAGGAACUUUUCUAAAUUCCUGACUAAGAGAAUACAAGCUGCUCAAAUCUCAUUUCCUAAGAAUAUCAGAAAUUUUAAUUGUCUUUUGGGAUGCCAAGUCAUACUAACAGAAUGAGAAAUAUUUCAUUGGACGGUGCUGGAAAUUGAAGCAGGAACAGCCUGUGGAGAAGUUCUGGAAAACUUCAAUACAAGCUGCAUAAAUAUCCUUUCAUGAGCACAUUAGCAUUCCUUGUUGCUUAAUUGGAUGCCAAGUCACAUUACCAGAGUAAGAAACUAGUAUGGAAAUACUGUAGAAAUUGAACCAGGAGAUUAUUCAUUUGAUGCCCACGAUGGCCUUUACCUGUCUAUUAGCCAGGUUUGACUGUGCUAUGUAUGUGGAAUAAUUGAGCUUAACACAAUGUCUCCAGUUCUGGUUAUGAAACUUUUAUUAGUGGGUAAUCUACAGAAGGGAUAAAGGGCUAGGUGGCAUGCACGCUUAUCAGCUGAGCCUUUGCUGGUAGGAGAGGGGUUUAGCAAAGUAUUUGUAAAGCCAAUGCGCCAAACAUGCACCACUGAAAGUUGAGACUCAUAGCUUGCUAUUCUUUACCAGGCCUUGUCAAUCUUUUGUAGCAUGCCUCGUGUGCUAGAGAAAUUAUAUCCGUGCAUCCUAUGCACGCCGUCAAUCACAGCCGCUCAUGUUUAUGGUCAAGCACAUCUUGGUGCAUCUCAAUAAAUGGUUGUGAUUGGUGGCAUGCACAGACAUGUGAUACAUGCAACAUAGGGUAUAAUUUCUAUAUACAUUGUUACAAUUUUUCUCUCUCAGGCCUUGUAAAUCUUUUGUAGCAUGCCUUUUGUCUAUCCAGGCUCUUAGAUACAAUGAUCUCAUCCGGUUUUUGGAUAAAAUUAAUGUGCUUUGAAAAUUGAGAUUUUUUAGAAGAUAUUGAGUUGUAUGAGAUGUCCAAGCAUGGGAGGAAAAUAGAUAAUUGAAGAUUUUGCAGGGUAUACCAUAUUGAAUUUUGGCAUAUCAUAUGUAAGUGUAUUAUAACGUAGAAGGGUGUUUUGGACAAAUAUGGAAGGUUAAGCAUACAGAUUUUGGCUGAUCAAGAAAUUUUCGUGAUUAUUAUUUCUAGAGAUAAAAGGGAAGAAAAGUAUUAAGGAUUUUUUUUUUGGGUAAGAAAAGUAUUAAGGAAAUGUGAUGUCCAACAUGCUCCAAAAGGAGAAUAUAACCAAGGAUUAGAGGAU